AUGGCACCAACCACCAAGCAAGGCCGUAAAAUCACCGUCGUGGGCGGCUCCGGCAACGUGGGAUCCCGCAUUGUAACGGCGCUCGUCGAAGCCGGGAUCCACGAGGUCUCGGUCAUCAGCCGGCCCGAGUCCCAGGCCACUUUCCUGGCUUCGGUGCAGGUCCGCCGCGGCGCCUACGACGACGAGGCGUUUCUGGCCUCGGCCCUCGCCGGCCAGGACGUCCUCAUCAUGACCCUGAGCUUCCAGGCUAGUGAUGCCCAGAAGCCUCUUAUUCGUGCCGCCGCCGCUGCUGGCGUGCCAUAUGUCGUGCCAUGCGAGUUUGGCUCGGAUACUACGAACGAGCCCUUGUGCCGGGAAAUCUUCUUCUUGGAAGCCAAGAAGCAAUACCGCAAUCUGAUUGAGGAAUUGGGCGUCAGCUCAUGGAUCGGCGUCGUCAACAAUCCCUGGUUCGACUAUUGUCUGCCGCUGGGCUUCUUUGAGAUUGAUGUCAAGAACCGCACCGCUACAUAUUUCAACGACGGUAGCUACAAAGCCAACUUUACUACCAUGGGCCGUGUGGGCACCAGCCUCGCCGCCCUCCUCAGCCAGCCCGACGCCAAACUGGCAGAGCACAAGAACCGCUGGGUCUACUUUAGCUCCCUUGUCGCCAGCCAGCGGGACAUGGUGGCCAGCGCCCAGCGCGCCACCAAGACGACCGAUGCCGACUGGACCAUCACCUCCAAGCCCACGCAGCAAGUCCUCGACUGGUCCCGCGCCGAGACGGCCAAGGGUAAUUUCAUGGCCGCCGGUAAGGCCCUCUUUGCCCUCACCGUCACCGAGGGGUAUGGUGGCAAUUACCAGGACAAUGUUGUCGAUUAUGCAGCUCUGGGACUCGAGCCCGGGGAAGACCUUGACGAGAUUGUGCGCAACUUGGUUGGCGAAAUGGGGGCGUAA